UGCUGCGGACCUUCCGCAAGCCGAUCAACCCCCUCUCUCCCUCCCCCAAUCAGGAGAGAUAAAAAUAAAAAUCCACUUGCAAUAGAAAGACUAGUGUCUGCCCCUCGCAAUCUUCUUAUUCAAACAGCCCCUUGCCAAAAUCACUUGGUUAGGAUGCAAGAGCCUGGUGUCGCCGGCGGGUUAGACCUUGGCCGGGGGCGCACAGUAGCGCCGGGACCCCCCUUUCCGAGCUUGGAAUGUGUCCGUCCCCGCCUGAUUAAAAGCCAGCUGCUCUUAGGCCUCCUUGCGGGCGGGGGGGGGGGUGGAUUUAAUUUCUAUCUUCUUUAGAGACGGGGUGGCUGCGCCAAGGCCAAGGGAAGCCAGCCUGGAAAAAGGAGAAGAGAAACCCCAAUAGGGUGCAAAUCCCCGAACGACUCCCCAGGCUUUGCUCUCUCUCCCAUCCUGUCAUGGCUGCUGGUUGCAAGAAGGACCCUGUGAUGGCUGCCCAGUUCCUGCCCAGCUGGUUUCAGGCCCUUGUGUUAACUUUUGAAGCCCUGCACAAGCCCCGACCUCCAUGCCGAGACCCCUGUGAGGCGGAGGCUGUUGUGGACAUGGCUGCCGGCGCCCGGGCAUUCUCGGAAGGGAAGAUUGCUGGCCUCUAUGACCUGGAGCGCACUUUGGGCAAGGGCCACUUUGCGGUGGUGAAGCUGGCCCGGCAUGUCUUCACGGGGGAGCGGGUGGCCGUCAAGGUGAUCGACAAGAGCAAGCUGGAUGGCGGGGCGGCCGCUCACCUCCUGCAGGAGGUCCGCUGCAUGAAGCUGGUGCAGCACCCCAAUGUGGUCCGCCUGUAUGAGGUCAUCGACACCCACGCCAAGCUCUACCUCAUCCUGGAGCUGGGCGACGGCGGGGAUAUGUUCGACCACAUCAUGCAGCAUGAGGGAGGCCUGGGGGAGGAGAAGGCCAAGCACUACUUCGCCCAGAUUGUCCACGCCAUCUCCUACUGCCACCGCCUCCACGUGGUCCACCGGGACCUCAAGCCCGAGAACGUGGUCUUCUUCCAAGAGCAGGGCGUGGUGAAGCUCACAGACUUUGGCUUCAGCAACUGCUUCCAGCCAGGCACGAUGCUAACCACCAGCUGCGGCUCCUUGGCCUACUCUGCCCCGGAGAUCCUGCUGGGGGACGAGUACGAUGCCCCUGCUGUCGAUGUCUGGAGCCUGGGAGUCAUCCUGUACAUGCUGGUCUGUGGGCACCCGCCUUUCCAGGAAGCCAACGAUAGCGAGACGCUGACCAUGAUCCUGGACUGUCGCUACGAGACCCCCCCUCAUGUCUCCUCCGAGUGUGCAGACCUGAUCGCCCAGAUGCUGCAGCGGGACCCCCAGAAGAGGGCCUCCUUGGAGCAGAUUGAAAGCCACCCGUGGCUGCAAGGUGUGGACCCCUCCCCUGCCAGCCGCUCCCUCCUGCCUCUGACGUCGCACAGGCGGGUCUCGGAGGAAGAGCACGGCAUCAUCAUCCAAGCCAUGAUGUGCGGCAACAUUGCGGACCGAGAGACCAUCCAGGAAGCCCUGGAGGCCAACCGCUACAACCACGUGACGGCCACCUACUUCCUGCUGGCUGAGAGGAUCCUGCGGGAGAAGCAGGAGAAGCAGAGUCCUGGAGCCAGCCUGGCCUACAACCUGGCGCAGCACGUCCAGAGCAGGAGCUCCUUCAGCGCUGUGGGGGACCCCGGCCAACCGCUGCCCACCGCAGGCAAAAGCCCUCAGCCACUGCCCACAACCAAGAGCGCCCUGGAGGCCUUUGCAGAGCAUUCUGGGAAGUCCCUUCUGUCCUUCUCUGCGCUGGGGGAGGACGAGUCACCUUCCAGCUUCCACGGGUGCGGGCAGCCCAUCAGAGCCCUGAUCCGGCCCUCACUCAUCGAGACCCCCAUUGCCAAGAGCACUCCCGCCCUGCAGCAGAUUUCGGAGGAGGAAGAGGAGGAGGAGGAAGAAGAAGAGGGGAAGCCUGGCCUGUUCCGCAGGAGGACGUCUUCCCUGAACCAGGAGCAGAUGAGCGACUUCCAGAGUGCCAAGGCUUCCUUGCUCUUCUGCCGGAGUCUUGCGUCCCACAACAAAACAGGGAAGGCUCUCGGCCCAGGAUUCCCCAAGGCCCGCGGCAGCCUGGAGCCUCAAGGGCCUGAGUGUGGCCUCCACCUGGCAGCGCCACAGAGGCCUCCAUGCCUGCAAGGCGAACGGGAGGAAGGCAUGGGCACUCAGGUGGGCAGCAGCCUCUGCCUGCCACAAGAGGUGGGCCCAGAAAUGCCAGCAGAAGGAGGCCCAAGAGGCAGUUCUUGGAUGGGCGGUGAGGAGAGGAGGAAGGGCAGUGCCGUCUUGGAGGCAGUGGGCAGAAGGGAGCAGCCCCCAGGGAAGGAGGAAGAGGCCAACAACAACACCCCCCCAGGGAAGGGAGGCGCUGGGGAGGGGGAGGAAGAAAGACUCUUGAAGAAAGAGCACGGGCCACGGAAUGACGAUGAGACUCUGGCUCGGGGCAGCUGUGGCCAGAGAGCUGCUGAGAUGAGCCCAGCCUCAGACCCGGAAGGCCAGUUCCAAAAAAGCCCUGAGAUGGGACCAGCCCAGAGGCCGAAGCAGGACGGCCACCGGAACGGCAGUGAGGGCCUGGCAGACGUGAUCAAGCUGGACCCUGCCAAGGGCAAGAACGCCAACCUGAAGGACCGGAUCUUGCAGUUCCCGCUCUGCGAGAAGGCCCUCGCGUUCCGGAUGCGGCCCGCCUCCAAGGAGAGCCUCCUCUCUCUGGGACAGUUCAACUGUUGCCACGUCAUCUGAGCCGUGCGUCUGCAUCUGAAAGAGAGGGAAGUGGGCCGAGGUGGGGGAUGGUGGCGUUGGUGGAAAGGGCAAGGCCCCCAGCCAGAGGGCCUCGGGUCGCUCCAUUCCCAUCAUCCUCUGCUCCCAGUGAAUGGCUGCCACCAUCCUGCCCACCCGCCUGCCUGCCUGCCUGAGAAUUGCAUUUAGACUCUCGCUCUGUAUAUCUGCUUGAAUCGGGUGAACCAAAUGGCUGCUCCUCUCCCUCUCCCCCCUUGUCCCAGCUGAUGCUGUCCAAAGGCCACAGCCCCCACCCACCCCCUUAGUUCACUGCAUGCUGAACCUAAAUCUCCACCCAAGACCAGGGUGUGGGUGUUUGUGUGACCAGAGCUUCUCAACAGCAAAUCGGCAGUUCCGAUUCUGCUGGGAGCUCUGGGGCAGCUCAGCUGGAGAGAGGCCAGUGGGUCUAUGGAGGCCUGUUUCCUCCUAUGUCCCCCUGCUAGAGGCCAAGGGUGCCUGUCGUAGAGGCAAAACGGAUGUCCCUGGUCCUAAAGCUGACAGAGGCGUUGUGGGUGGAGAUUCUUUCAACCUCCUUUACAGUGGCCAAAGGGCAACCUUUCUCUCCCACCACCCCAGCAAGGCUCCCCAUGUGAGUCUUGCCACGUGGGUCCCUGCAGGUUUACUUGUCCUAAACAGGUC